CAGCUUUUUUGCCUUCCCUGCUUUAGGUCAGCACUUGUUGGGCCCACAGCAGAAACUCAGUACACCUGAAAUGAUCUGGAGCUUUGACAGUGCUGAGGGCAGGGAGAUCACACACUCCUUGGGAGGGCCAUCGAGCUUCUCAUGCAAAAGUAGAUUUCUGGAGGAGAGCGCUGCACCCCUGGCUGGCUGGGAUUAAGGGCUGACAAGGGUUAACAGUGUUUGCUCCUGUCUCCAUCUCACCCCCUCCUCCUCACUGUGCAUUUCAGUCACAGAGCUGCUCCCCGGGCAGGCGGUGCAGGGAUUAGGCUGCAGGAGCAGCCUGGCUGACACUGGAAGCAGGAGCAGCGUCCUGCAGCAGCAACCCCAACUGCACAGCUCCAGCACAGCACAGCAACUGCAGCAGCAGCCAGCGCUUGGGACGCUGCAGAACUGGCCAAGUUUAAAACAACCUUUGCAAACACCCAGCUGAAGAAAAUACCAAAAUCCCGUUGUGUUGUGUUGGGGGUUUUGUUUGUUUGUUUGUUUUUUGGGGUUUUUUUACAUUUCAUGAAGGACCGCAAGCAUUUUAGUUGCUAUGUCUGUUCGGGAGCCAUAUGGAAAAAUCAGUUCUGUCCUGUUAAACUGGUUGCUGUUUUGAUUUUCAUCUGCCUACAGUGAUCUGAAAAGUCUAUGUUCUUUUAUGCUUUUCUGGCAAAGAAACUGAGUGGUCUGAGGAUCAUCUAGCCAAGAACACAACAGAGAUCUUGCACACAGAGCUCCCUCUGCUUUCCAAAUCCCUGAGCUACAGCUGGCACCUGGAUUAAAGGUCUGUGCCCUUUCCACUUUCAUGCUUUCUGAAACUGGAUGUGGCAGACGAAGGAGCUUACUGAAGAUGUCCUGGUUCUGGCUUUAUCUUCCUCUCCACCUUCUCACGGUGACUUGUUUGUGCCAUUCUAUGAAAGCACCUACCACCAGUUCCCAACAGAGCUUCAAGACCAAUCUCUUCAAUUUCUACCACUCGCUGAUACUUGCAGAUGGUAAGGAAACUACAAUUCACCUGCUGAAGGAUAUACCCAAAAGGUACCACUUUGCUUUGGAAGAGGGCAGGGUCUUUGCCCCUUUCUCGAUUACAGUGACCCCCUGUGAUGUCCCCAUUGAAUGGAGCAUACUUGUGUACAAGCCUCCACCAGGAAAAGCAACACCAGGUGACCAUGAUACACAAGAGGUCUCCAAAUCUCAGAAGACUUCAAGCAUAGCAUCCACUAUCUUCAACUACAAGGGGAAUUCUGUAGAGACUUACAUGGGCAUGUCUUCCCAUUCUGCCCUUUUCCUGCUCGAGUUCUUGUCCACCGAGCGAGACACACACAUCACCGUGUACCUAACAACUGACACCACGUCUGGGCACCUCUACCCAGAGCUGCCAGCAGAUCCACGCAUAGAUGUGAUUGGCAUUGGCCACUCAACCGUGACUCUGACCUGGAAACACAGCCCUUCUGUCUUGCAGCACAGGGAAAGCAUCCAGUACUGUCUCCUAGUUAAUGAAAAGCACAACUAUAAGAGCCUGUGUGCUGCUGAGACAGCCAUCAGAUCCUCUGGGAUGAAGCUGCCGCCCACCUUGGCUCUGUCCCUCUCUCCAUACCUUCUUGAGCCGCAGCAGGUGAUGAUACUGUCCAACAGUGAACUGAGCAUCAUCAACAAAGUGAGCAGUGGGGAAGUCAGGCAGGUGUGCAUGGGCACCAAGAACACUUACACAGUGCCCAGCCUCAGCCCCAGCACUCAGUAUUACUUCGAUGUUUUUAUUGUCAAUCUCCUUACAAAUGCCAGCGCUGCAUACACCGGGACAUUUGCCAGGACCCUGGAAGAACCUGAACCCAAGGUGACAGAGCUGAAAGAUGGCAAAGUGAUUCAUGUGGUCCUGGAUGGCAAAAAGCAGAAAAUCUACAGUCUGCAGUACCAGGCGAGGCACAAGAAAAUCCACUUCACCUUUCAGUUGUGUCGGGGCCAAAUACGGGUUCACAUAACAAGAAAUGGCAAAACAGUGGUGUCUGAAAAUCUCUCUGGGCUGAGGCAUUUCUCCCUGAAGGGGAAGCUGCUGGACACCUAUUUGGUGCAGCUGAGGUCCACAGAGGAAUUUAACUCUUCUGUGAAGGUACAGGCAUCCCCCCAUUUCCACAAGCCCUUAUUCCCAGUUCUUCCAGAGAGUUUAAAAAUCAAAUCUUUCAGUAAACUGAGAACAUGCAGGUCUGUGACCAUUGCCUGGCUGGGAACACAAGAGGAGAGCAAGUACUGUGUGUACAGAAAAAGGAUUGAAGAGGAUGAGAUCUGGAGGGAACUGCAGAGUGCAGACAGGUGCUCUGGGCCUGAAUCUCGGCACAAGUCAGAGAAAGUGCUGUGCAAGUACUUUUAUGAUCUAAACCUCCAGCGAGCCGUCACCACAGAGACCAUCAAAGGGCUGGAGGCAGGGACACUCUACUUGUUUGAUGUUUAUCUCUUUGGGCCAUCUGGCAUCCCUGUCAGGUAUCACAGCAAAGUUGUGAAGACCAGGAAAAAAUGUUGAAUGUUUUAAGGGGAAGUUUUGAAGUGAGUGAAUGAAGGUUAUUAUCAAAAUCUAUACCAAUCCAAGUCAAAGCCCCUGCAGUUUGAACUACGCUGACAAACAAAAACUUUAAAGCCGUAAAAUUCUAAAGCAAAACACAUCCUAGAUAAUGACACCUCUCCUGUGUAAGAUGUGGUGCAUUUUUUAUUUCCCUCAUUCAAACAUUAAAAACAGAGUUGUGAAACAAACUCAUACACAUGGAAAUAAAAUAUCCCAGGAGUACCCAUGAGAAAUAGAUUGGUUACCUAAAACACUUCUGAAAUCCAGCACAGAAGUGAAGGGGAAAUGCCUCACAAGAAGCACACAUCAUUUUUCAAGUCCCAGAGAGUUUUCCACUUUCUGUAACUCAUGCAGCUAAUGAGGCACUGAGAGACCCCACAAAUCAGACUGCUCUUGAGAAACAGAUUCCUCCCUGCUUGAACAAGAAAGGAGACAAAAAGAAAUUGAAAAAGCGGUGGAACUUAUGUAUAGCUCCGCACACUGAGUAAAGCAGGCUGAACUACAUCUUCCCUUAUUACCUGCAUGCUUUGAUUUCAUUCCUACAGAGAAACUGUGCUUGGUUAGAAACAGACAAAAUUCAGGCCAGGAGCUGGCUCUGGAUCCAGCUUUUCUGGGGAAGGUACAAAUUCACUGCUGUGCUACUGCCCACAGAGGAAAGCAGCAACUGAGGAAUCUUACCAUGGAAAGGUUUACCAUCUAUAGCCUCUGAUAUCAAGCCCAUGUCUAUGAUUCUGUGACUCCUGACUGUAAUAUAUUCAUUAUUUCCAUCCUUAAGCCAGCCUAUAUCAAUGAAAGCAUUGCUUUGAGAAAAAUUAAAUGUGAUUUUCCUACAAAAUGUCAUGGAGGGAAAAUAUUUGUAGUAAAAAUUCUGACAAAUGCA